AUGAAUCUUGUUAAGAUCUUGACAUGUUGCUCCAGCACGGAUUACAAGGGUAAUGAAUUCAAAGCUAUAGUUUUUGAGUAUAUGUCCAAUGGAAGUUUAGAAGAGUGGCUGCAUAGAGAAAACCAAUCAAGGAGUCUGAAUUUUCUUCAAAGACUGAAUAUUGCCGUUGAUAUUGCGUCUGCAUUGUGUUAUCUCCAUGGUCAUUGUGAGCCACAGAUCAUUCACUGCGACAUGAAGCCAAGCAAUGUUCUUCUUGAUGAUGACAUGAUUGCUCGGAUUAGUGAUUUUGGGUUAGCAAGACUCGUGCCACCGACCAUGGUGUCCUCCGAAAACCAGAGUAGAUCAACAGUUGGGAUAAAGGGAACCAUUGGCUAUGCUGCUCCAGAGUAUGCAGUUGGUGUUGAGCCAUCAAAACAAGGGGAUGUUUAUAGCUAUGGGAUCCUUGUGUUGCAAUUGUUCACAGGAAGAAGACCCACUGAUGAAAUGUUUGUAGAUGGUUCCAAUAUACAUACUUUUGUUAAGACGGCCAUACCAGGAAGAAUCAUGCAGAUUGUGGAUCCUAUUCUUAUUGCCACCCUAGAAAAGACUGCAAAUUCAUCAACCAGAAACAAUACAGUGAUCAACAUCCGUGGUACCAACAAUGAAAUCAAUGCUGUUGAAGAUGAAAUUGACAGUGAGAAUCUAAGCACGAUGAGAGAUAACGUGUGGAAGUGCAUACUUGCAAUCCUUAGGAUUGGACUUGCAUGCUCAGAAGAAUCGCCACGGAAUAGGAUGUCUAUGGAGGAGGUCCAUAGGGAGCUACACCAUCUGAAAAUUGCUUACACUAGUGUUGACAUCAGUCGUGAGAGGCUAAGAAGAAGCUAA